AGCACCUUAUAUGUGUAAAAAUUUCAAGCCGAUUGGCGGAGAAUAAUGUGUUGUUUACGCUUAAGAUUUACAUUCGAGCGAUCGUGGAAGUGCUUGUUGUAAAUUGAAAUGGAAGUUAUUAAUCGUUUCGACACGAUGGACGAAAGCGCAGAUGAGAAUAUAAUGGGGGAUGAAACCGUUGGUGUUGUUUUGGAAGAAGCGGAGAUAGUUGAUUGCGAAGCCGAAGCGGAGGCUGACGACGAUAAUAUACAGUAUCACCUGUAUGCGGUAAACAGAGGUGACAGCACAGUAACGUACAAGGUUAUGCAUGUCAGCGAAGCUAACGAGGAGAACAACGAGCAAGUUUCGAUAACUCCUGUGAAUAAUGCCGUUCAGGUUUUAGCCUCUCCGUUAAAUGGACAAUUUUAUGUACUGAGUAACGGUAAUGAUGUUGUUGCAUCAGAGACUGCGAGGUCAGUAGCACCUCGUGUAGCCAAGUUACAAAUAGAAGGACCACAAAGUAUCAUUACAGGCAUAAAGAAGAGGGACGAGAGGCGAAGAGUAACGCACAAUGAGGUGGAGAGGCGCAGGAGAGAUAAAAUCAAUACUUGGAUUUCUAAAUUAGGAAAUCUGCUGCCGGAUUGUGAUCAGAAUGCCAACGGAGAGGGAGAUGGGAAGGCGAAUGGUGAAUCACAAAGCAAAGGCGGCAUAUUGGCACGAGCUUGUGAAUACAUUGUGAAAUUAAGAGAGGAUAAGGAGAAACUGACCCAAAGUCUGGAGGAGAAUGUGCAGUUGACGGAAGAAGCCAAGAAUCUCCGACAAGUCGCGAAUGACUUGAGAAAUGAAAAUUCCAAGUUAAAAGCCCAAAUGACGAAGGACGGCAUGUUUAUACUUGGCACUUGAAUUGUGCCAUGGAUCAAUGUUAGAUAAAUUAAAGUCUUUUUAUUAAAGCUAUUUCAUUGAUCAUAUAUAUACAUAUAUAUAUAUCUUUUUUUAUAUAAUAUACUCGACACAGCAUCAAGGUCAUUAAAUAAAGAUAGAGAAAAGAAGUUGGACAGGA